CAAGCCUCAUCAGACCACGACCACGACCGCAACACCGGACCGGAUAUUUCCAAACGAACAGACUGCGCCGAUUGUAAGAACGUCACCACACAAAAUCCUACCAACCUGGACGCUGCAUCUGAGAGAUUCGCAUAGCCUCGCAAAGAAGCCACGCAAUCGCGAAGCCCUUGCUGCCUCUAUCGCAUCCUGCUGCAUCAAGCGGAAAUAAGACCAUCAACUCCAUCAUCAUCAUCACAAGAAUCGACACCGCAGCCUAGCGCUCGCCACUACCAAGCCUCUUCCUCGUCACAGCUGUCCUCGUGGCCGCUUGACCAGCCUCAGCCAUGAUAGACGAACGCCAACUCCAGCUCAACCCCAUCGUGCCCGAAAGCGUCCAACAUAAUGCCCGCACAACAUCCAAUAUCCGCUCCCUCACAGCUUCGCUCUUUGGCGUGGCAGCUGGCACACUCGGGCUAGAGUCUUUCCCGGGAUUUAUCUUUUAUUUUCUCGGGACGGCGAUUGUUAGUCUCUUAAUAUUUGCUUUGAAGACGGAGCAGAAACCUGAGAAGUACUUUUUCCGCGUUGUGGGAGAUUUGUGGGUGGGAGAUUUGUUUGGGGGUUUGAUGAGUUUUGUGCUGACGUGGACGGUGUUCUAUGGGUUGUGUAAGGCUUGAGGAGGAGAGCGAAAAGUUGGAGUGGGAUGAUUCAUGUUCAUAGGGAAGGUCUCUACUUUGGAUGCGCGAGGGCUUGAGCAGAGAUGGGGUGGCAGUGGGCACGAAAGUUGGUCGAGAGGGAAGGUGGAAGAAGACUGGAAGACGCAAAUGUCCCUAAGCGCAAGGGAACGUCGACUGCUGACAUUCAGCGCGAGCUCUGCUUCAACACUGUCUCUGGAGUAUACUACUUCCUGAAGAGAAGCACAGCCCCGACUGCGAGAGGUUAUCGCCGUGGCUAGAGACCAAAAAUUGGCCAAUUGAUGGCCUCGUCAAAUCCUCGUCAAAUUUGUAGUCAAACACGUGGCUGGAAAACGCCAAGCUGU